CCCACGCCGCGGGCGAGAGACACUUGGGCCCGCCACCAUGACUUCCAGUAAGAUCGAGAUGCCCGGCGAGGUGAAGGCCGACCCCGCCGCGCUCAUGGCGUCCCUGCACCUCCUGCCGUCGCCCACGCCCAACCUCGAAAUCAAGUACACCAAGAUCUUUAUUAACAAUGAGUGGCAGAACUCAGAGAGUGGAAGAGUGUUCCCUGUCUAUAAUCCAGCCACAGGAGAACAAGUAUGUGAAGUUCAAGAAGCAGAUAAGGCAGAUAUAGACAAAGCAGUGCAGGCAGCCCGCCUGGCAUUCUCUCUUGGUUCCGUGUGGAGAAGGAUGGAUGCUUCAGAAAGAGGACGUCUGUUGGACAAGCUUGCAGACUUGGUGGAACGGGAUAGGGCAUUUCUUGCAACUAUGGAAUCUCUAAAUGGUGGCAAACCAUUCCUGCAAGCUUUUUAUGUGGAUUUGCAGGGUGUCAUCAAAACCCUUCGGUAUUAUGCAGGCUGGGCAGAUAAAAUUCACGGCAUGACCAUUCCUGUAGAUGGAGACUAUUUUACCUUUACAAGACACGAACCCAUUGGAGUGUGUGGACAGAUCAUCCCAUGGAACUUCCCCCUACUGAUGUUUGCCUGGAAAAUUGCUCCAGCUCUGUGCUGUGGCAAUACAGUAGUGAUUAAGCCAGCAGAGCAAACGCCUCUCAGCGCACUCUACAUGGGAGCACUCAUCAAAGAGGCUGGCUUUCCACCUGGAGUCAUCAAUAUUGUGCCAGGAUAUGGGCCAACAGCUGGGGCAGCAAUAGCGUCUCACAUUGGCAUAGACAAGAUUGCAUUCACAGGCUCUACUGAGGUUGGAAAGCUUAUUCAAGAAGCAGCUGGAAGAAGUAAUUUGAAGAGAGUAACUCUGGAACUUGGAGGGAAAAGUCCCAAUAUUAUCUUUGCAGAUGCCGAUUUGGACUAUGCUGUGGAGCAGGCUCACCAAGGUGUAUUCUUCAAUCAAGGCCAGUGCUGUACUGCAGGAUCUCGAAUCUUUGUGGAGGAGUCCAUCUAUGAAGAAUUUGUGAGAAGAAGUGUGGAGCGGGCCAAGAGGCGCAUAGUGGGGAGUCCCUUUGACCCCACCACUGAGCAGGGUCCUCAGAUUGAUAAGAAACAAUACAACAAGAUCCUGGAACUCAUCCAGAGUGGUGUGGCUGAGGGCGCCAAACUGGAAUGUGGAGGCAAAGGACUGGGCCGAAAGGGGUUUUUUAUUGAGCCAACGGUGUUUUCUAACGUCACUGAUGACAUGCGGAUUGCCAAGGAGGAGAUCUUUGGCCCUGUGCAGGAAAUUCUGAGGUUUAAAACUAUGGAUGAAGUUAUUGAAAGAGCCAAUAACUCGGACUUUGGACUUGUAGCUGCUGUCUUCACUAAUGACAUCAACAAGGCCCUCACAGUGUCUUCUGCAAUGCAAGCUGGGACUGUUUGGAUCAACUGUUACAAUGCCUUAAAUGCCCAGAGCCCUUUUGGAGGGUUCAAAAUGUCUGGAAAUGGGAGAGAAAUGGGAGAAUUUGGCUUGCGCGAGUACUCAGAAGUUAAGACUGUGACCGUAAAGAUCCCCCAGAAGAACUCCUAAGAAGGCCAAGAAGAAAGGCAAUGGCCGGCCUACACCACUCUCCCUCUGCUUUCUCUGUAGGGCCCAGCUGUCAGGAAUAGAAUCGAGCCAAGGUCCUUCUUUAAAGGUUGAGAUGAUGAUAUGUAG